GAUCUCAUUUUGGCGAGUUCUACUUUGAAACUGGGAUUCAUUUAUACACAAACUGUAGGAGGAGCCUUUUCAACUCAUGACAUCAUUUGUUAUUGUUGAGAAACCGAUUUAUUGUCCACUUGCGACUCAGACUAUAUACAAUAUAGACGCGCUGCAGGGAGACGAAAACGGCUGACAUCGAAGACAUGUCUCAAGCACAAGAAGACAACGUGCAGCGUCCUGCGGUGAGCCAGGAAGAGCUGGCUGAGACAAAGGGUAGACUUGGGGGCUGCGGACCGGCGAAGAGCAAGACUUUUGAAGUUAUGGAGGAGUGCGAGAAAAUGGGUAAAACCGCUCCAUCAGUGUUCAGCGGUCUGAGGUCAGGAGGCGAGACGGCUCUCAACACACGUCCAGCUCGUUCUGCCAGGAAGUAGACCGAGACGACCUUGUCACUUGUGGGUGUUUGUUGGGCAUGUUUUUCCACUUUUUCAUACACUGACUGUGAAUUAACCCCUUUCAACAAAAAUCUUUAUCAAGGUAAAAUCUUUAAUACAGCUCAUUAAAUUUGUUUACAUUGUUUA